UCGCGUGCGUGUAGUGUCGCCGGUGCCUAGCGACGCUCACUAUGCCAGUGAACCAGUCUGUGAUUGCGGGUUGUGAUACUUCCAAGGGCUCGUAGCCACCAGCAUGGCGUUACCGCUAAGUUGUUCGAAGCGCGUCAAGGAGGUGCUGGUCGAACAGCACCUGGACAUCAUGGCCACGAAGAUUCUGGCCCCUGUGAAGACCGAGCGUCAAAUCUUGGAGAACUCGAUGCUGGAGGACGACCCCAACGCCAACUGCGCCAUCACUCAGGAGGAGAAGACGCGCCCCAGGUGGGGGCCGCAGCACAAGGGCGCACAGGAGCUAGCCAAUCUCUACAGCAAGGGAAAGCGGACCCAAGAAUGCAUUUGUGUGGGCAUUUGCAUUACCCUGAUGGUGGUCAACUUCUUCUUCAUAAUAUUCCAUGUCCGAAUGGACAAUUUGAGUACGAUUAUGGUGGCGGCGUUUUGCGGCAUUGUGACGGCGGAUUUUGGCUCGGGGCUAGUGCACUGGGCGGCAGAUACGUGGGGGUCGGUGGAACUUCCCGUCUUGGGCAAAAAUUUUUUGCGGCCGUUUCGCGAACACCACAUAGACCCGACUUCGAUCACUCGACAUGAUUUCAUCGAGACUAACGGAGACAAUUUUAUGGUGACCAUUCCGUUUUUGGCUAGGAUGGUUUGGGAUUUUUUGACGUUGCCUGCUGAUGGUGUCGAGAAGAAGUUCACGUGGAAUUGUUACGUGUUUCUGUUGGCCAUUUUUGUGGCAAUGACUAAUCAGAUACACAAGUGGUCGCACACCUACUUCGGCCUCCCCGCUUGGGUGGUAUGGCUGCAAGAGCACCACGUUAUCCUUCCCCGACGCCACCACCGCAUCCACCACGUGGCCCCUCACGAAACUUACUUCUGCAUCACCACCGGCUGGCUCAAUUGGCCGUUGGAAAAGUUGCGUUUUUGGAGCAUUUUGGAGAUUCUUAUUGAGCAAACGACAGGAUGUAAACCUCGAGCCGAUGACAUGAAGUGGGCGCAAAAGGGCACGUGAUAUUUUACAAUCUCAGGUCACACGAACUUUUUUUGUGUUUGGUUAUGAAUGAAUUUGUUUUGUUGUGAUUAAGUUAGUGUAGGUGGAGCAAAAACACUACGUGUCUGUGUAAUAAUUGCCAAAAGUUAAUUUAGUUUAUUAGGUAGGGUACGUAAUUAGAUAAUAUUUUGUACAGAUUUGGUGAUAAGUGAACAUCACGUUUUGUUCGAUUUAAUAAAAAAUACUUUGAAACAAGUGCCUGAUUUUAUGAUUGGACAACGAAUAUAAUGUGAUUACAUUUAUUAUUACACAAAUAUGUUUUUAUUAGUUUGUCUCGUAACUAAAGUUAAUCAUUAGGGACCAUGCAAUGGGCCUUGGGCCAAUUUUUUAAAUGUAUAGUUCUUACAGUUUAGCUUAUAAUUAGCUUUAAUUGUUGCUAAUUAUUAAUUUAUUUGAUCAAUUCUAUAGGUUUAUUAAAGCAUAAAGCUAGUCUUAAACACUCCAUACCAGGGAUAAUCUACAUGCACUACCAAAAUAUUUAUAGUACCUAAUUUAGGUGUAAUAUAGAACACGCUAAACACCCGGUAGGGUAAUAAUUGUACAACUUAUCUUAUGACUAGAUUAAAAGUUAUGACUUUUCACGAUUCAUUAACUACUUAUAUCUAGUUGUAUUCUUUUGUUUUUUGUUUCCAGUUAUUUAUUUACUUAAGGCUUAUAAUUAGCUGGCUCUGCGUUUUAUUCUAUUGGAUAAGCAGUCGUAAUAUAAGUCAUCGAACUAGUGAACAUAUGCUAGAAAUUACCCUAGAAAAUGGUAGUUCUUCAUCAAUACAGAGGUUACCAUAUAUUAUGUUCUGUGAUAAAAAAAAUGCAAUAAAACGCAGUUAUUUUUAUAAUUUCUGAACAAAAGUGCAACAGAAAUGUCUUGUAAUGAAAAUUCACAAGAUUGGUAUUUUAUAAUAUUUUGAAUUGAUGAAAUUAUUUUAUAUAAUAAAGUUGCUUGCAUUUUA